UGGACGAUGCCUAUAUGUGAAUGAGGGAGGACGAGUGUGGGAGAUUGCACGAGUCUGUCUUUUUUUUUUUCCAGAGCUCUACCCUGGAGGAAAGAAAGAGCAAGAAAGACAGAAGGGGAGAGAGAGAGAGAGAGAGAGAGAGAGAGAGAGAGAGAGGGGAUCACUGUAGAAAGACAAGCAUCACACAAAGACCAGCCAAAAAAACAGUCUGGAGAGAAGAAAAUAACAAGUUCUGUUAUUCCUGAGGGAUCUGCGGUCUGUUGGCUUUACUUUCACUCUUUGUUUUUGACAUUUUGAGUGUUUCAAGAAGUGAUAACGGUCCUGUAGUACAUGUUUGGGCAUUUGCAGCAUCCAUAGAGGUUCAGACGCACUUCUUUGAGCUUUGGGUUAGAGAUGCCGGUCAGGACUGGCUGUCUGAAUGCUGAACUGAUGCUUCCCAGCUGUGGUUGGUGGAUCUGGGGUUUGCUGUGCGCCCUUCUCCUGACGGGUCAGUCUGGAGCAUGUCCUCCUCACUGCUCCUGCACAGGCACCACUGUGGACUGCCAUGGACUUGCCUUCAAAAACGUGCCACGAAAUAUACCAAAGAACACAGAACGACUAGACUUGAACACAAAUAACCUCACACAUAUUGGCAAGGAUGACUUCGCUGGCCUAAAGCACCUCCGAAUUCUGCACCUCAUGGAUAACCAGAUUGUCAAUAUUGAUAGAGCAGCCUUCAGUGAUCUGAAGGAGUUGGACAGACUACGUCUCAACCGAAACCGUCUCCAGCAACUCCCAGAGCUCCUGUUCCUGAAAAAUCCCACUCUCUCCAGACUGGACUUAAGUGAAAAUGCCAUCCACAUGAUACCGAGAAGAGCAUUUAGAGGAGCUACGAACAUCAAGAACUUACAGCUGGAUAAGAAUCACAUCAGCUGCAUUGAGGACGGAGCGUUUCGUGCCAUGAGAAUCCUGGAGGUCCUCACACUGAACAACAAUAAUAUCAGCACCAUCCCCAUUUCCAGCUUUAAUCACAUGCCCAAGUUACGUACCUUCCGGCUACACUCUAACAGUCUGCGGUGUGACUGUCAUUUGUCAUGGCUGUCUCAGUGGCUCAGACAGAGACCGACACUGGGUCUAUACACUCAGUGCAGUGCACCACCAAACCUACAUGGCCUCAACCUGGCCGAAUUGCAGAAGAAAGACUUCACAUGCUCCGGUGUUUUUGAUUCCGGUCCUCAGCCCUGUGGUCUUGCGUCUGGUUCCUGUCCACCGAUGUGCUCCUGCAUGAACAAUAUCGUGGACUGCAGAGGAAAAGGUCUGACAGCGAUUCCAGCCAACAUGCCUGAAGGCAUGACUGAGAUACGUUUGGAGCAGAACGGUAUAAAGUCUGUUCCUCCAGGAGCGUUCGCUUCCUACAAGAGACUGCGCAGAAUUGAUCUGAGUAAUAACCAAAUCUCUGAAAUCGCCCCCGAUGCGUUUCAAGGCCUGCGCUCACUCAACUCACUGGUCCUUUAUGGAAAUAAGAUUACAGAUUUGCCUCGAGGCGUUUUUGAUGGAUUGAUUGCAUUAGAGUUACUACUAUUAAAUGCCAAUAAAAUCCACUGUGUUCGCGUCAACGUGUUCCAGGACCUUGAGAACCUGUCUCUAUUGUCCCUGUAUGACAAUAAGAUCCAGACUCUAGCCAAAGGCACAUUUACUCCGCUGAAAUCCAUCCAGACCCUUCACUUAGCUCAGAAUCCGUUCGUCUGUGAUUGUGGUUUGAAGUGGCUGGCGGACUUUUUGCGCUCCAACCCGAUUGAGACCAGUGGCACACGAUGCGCCAGUCCUCGACGGCUCGCCAACAAGCGCAUCAGUCAGAUCAAGAGCAAGAAGUUCCGCUGUUCAGCCAAGGAACAGUACCACAUUCCAGGCUCAGAAGACACGCGUUUGAAUAAGGACUGUAACAGCAAGCCAGUUUGUCCACCCAAAUGUCGCUGUGAAGCCACUGUGGUGGACUGCUCAAAUUUACGCCUAACCAAGUUCCCAGAGCACCUUCCCAUUUCUACAACCGAACUACGUCUCAAUAACAAUGACUUGUCCAUCCUGGAGGCAACAGGACUCUUUCGGUCCCUCACACAUCUCAAGAAAAUAAACCUCAGCAACAAUAAAAUCACUGAGAUUGAGGACGGAGCUUUUGACGGCGCGUCGUCUGUGGUUGAACUUCACCUGACCGCCAACCACCUGGUGUCUGUACGUGGAGGAAUGUUCCGGGGAAUGGACGGAUUACGCAUGCUGAUGCUGAGGAAUAAUCGCAUCCGCUGCAUCCACAACAGCAGCUUCUCAGGCCUGCAGAACGUACGUCUGCUCUCGCUCUACGACAACCAGCUUACCACCAUCAUGCCUGGAGCCUUCGACACGCUGCCAAACCUCUCCACCCUAAACCUUCUGGCAAACCCUUUUAACUGCGAUUGUCGUCUGUCCUGGUUGGGCGAGUGGCUGCGAUCUCGGCAGAUCGUGACGGGAAACCCUCGCUGCCAGAACCCAGCCUUCCUCCGAGAGAUCCCACUGCAGGACGUGGCAAGGCCGGACUUCAUCUGUGACAAGGCUCUGAUUGAAGACGAUGUGAGUUGUGUGCCUAAGCCGGCGUGUCCUGAGCAGUGCACGUGUCUGGAUACAGUGGUGCGCUGCAGCAACAAGCACCUGUCGGCUUUACCCCGCGGCGUCCCACACAAUGUCACUGAACUAUACCUGGAUGGGAAUCUGUUUGUUGCGGUGCCUAAAGAGCUCUCAGCGUUCAAACAUUUACAGCUGGUAGACUUGAGCAACAAUAAAAUCAGUUUCUUGUCCAAUUCGUCUUUUGCCAACAUGAGUCAACUCACCACACUGAUCUUGAGUUAUAACGCUCUGCGCUGUAUUCCUCGUCUGGUGUUUGGAGGCCUGUCGUCUCUCCGCCUGCUAUCUCUCCAUGGGAACAACAUUUCUGAACUACACCAGGAAGUCUUCAGAGACGCCGCGUCGCUCUCGCACCUUGCGAUCGGAGCAAACCCGUUGUACUGUGACUGUGGGCUGCGCUGGCUGUCUGACUGGGUGAAGAGCGGCUACAAGGAGCCCGGGAUCGCCCGCUGCGCCGCCCCGCAGGGCAUGGAGGGGAAACUGCUGCUCACCACGCCAGGCGCCAGCUUCCAGUGCACAGGUCCUGUGGAUCCGUCCGUGUCUGAGAAGUGCAGCCCGUGUUCGUCCAAGCCCUGCCAGAAUCGAGGCCUGUGCCACAGCGACCCCGUCCUUCAGUACAAGUGCAGCUGUCCGCAGGGUUACAAGGGGAGGAACUGUGAGGUGUCUGUCAGCGCUUGUGAAGGCAGUCCAUGUGUGAACGGAGGAACCUGUCACAGCGACGAGGCCAGGAAAGGCUUCAGCUGCCGGUGUCCCGUGGGCUUCUCCGGUCAGUUCUGUGAGCUGGACAUCGAUGACUGUGUGGAGAGCCAGUGUGAGAAUGGCACCAUCUGUGUGGACGGAGUGGGGAACUACAGCUGCGUGUGUCCUCGGCCCUUCUCAGGACAGAGGUGUGAGGAGUAUGAGGAGGAUCUGUGUUAUCCGGGACAGAACCCCUGUCAUCGGGGGUCCACCUGUAUACCCACCGUCACCGGACCUAAAUGCAUCUGUCCGCCGGGGUUCGUGGGAGACGACUGCAGUGUGGAUUAUAAUGAAUGUGAGGGUCAUUACUGUCAGAACGGGGCGCGCUGUGUGGAUCAUGUGGCGGGAUACACGUGUGUGUGUCCUCAGGGCUACAGCGGUCGUCUGUGUGAAGUGUCUCUCUGGGCUCCGGCCGGCUGUGAGCAGCUGCUCUGUGAGAAUGGCGCCCCCUGUGUGGAGAGCGAUGGUACUGCAGCGUGUCAGUGCCUGUCCGGGUUCGGCGGCCCGCGCUGCGAGAAGCUCCUCAGCGUCAACUUCAUCGACAGAGACUCUUACCUGCUGCUGGACGACGUCAAGAACUGGCCCCAGACCAACAUCACGCUUCAGGUCUCCACAGCUGAAGAAAAUGGGAUUCUUCUCUACAACGGCGUCAAUGAUCACAUCGCAGUCGAGUUACACGACGGCCGAGUCAAAGUGACCUACGACGCGGGACAGCAGCCGGGGAGCACCAUUUACAGCUCUGAGAUAGUGAACGACGGACAGUUUCAUACCGUCGAGCUGGUGACUUAUGACCAAAUGGUCAACCUGUCUGUGGACGGAGGGCUUCCUACGACUCUGGACAGCUCGGGACACGUCCAGCCCCUCACCAGAGACGCCCCACUAUACGUCGGGGGUAUGCCUGAAAACGCCCAGUCGCUGUCUUCCAACCAGUGGCCGUCUCUCAACGGCUCCAGUUUUCAGGGCUGCAUCCGAAACCUGUACAUCAAUAAUGAGCUGCAGGACUUCACGCGCACGCAGAUGAAGCCUGGAGUGGUGCCGGGCUGCAGGGCCUGUCAGGAGCUGCGCUGUGUGAACGGCCUGUGUCUGCCGGACUCCACCGUCGGCCCCGUGUGUCACUGUCAGCCGGGAUGGACCGGCAAACACUGCCAUCAGGCCCUGCUCGCAGCCGCUACCAACCCCUGCCAGAAACACAAGUGUGUUCAUGGCACCUGUGUCCCGGUAGACCUGCAGUCGUAUCGCUGCGAGUGUGCGGACGGUUUCCAGGGGCCCCUGUGCGCUCAAGAGGAAGAGUCCCCCGGCCCCUGUGCGGCGCUCUCAUGCCAGCACGGCUUCUGCGAGGUAUCACCUACAGGACAGGCGCAGUGUGUUUGCGACAGCGGCUACAGCGGACAGUUAUGUGACACAGUGGCUCCGUGUCAGGGCGAGUCCGUACGGGACUUCCAUCGCAUGAGGCGCGGCGAGGUCCAGUGUCGCAGCACACAGCCGCUGUCCUGGGUGGAGUGUCGCGGCGGCUGCAGGCCGGAUUCGGGCUUCUGCUGCGGCGGCACCAGAGUACGACGCAGACGCUACAGCUUCGAAUGUGACGACGGAAGUUCCUUCACACAGGAAGUAGAAAAGACGGUCGAAUGCGGCUGUGGAAAGUGUGUGUAGUCAUCAGAGACCACAGAAGACAUUGAAAAGCUAAAAUAGUGUGCAUUUGUAACUGUGGACCAUAACAUCUGUGAGGUAGCUUGAGGAACUAUUUAAUAAAAGAUAACCCUUGCAUGUGAAUGACGAAUUAUGAGUAUUUUGUGCUGUCAGAUGAGGAAUUAUUAAUGUCGAAAGUUAAAAUCUAACAAUUGGAACAUAGAUUUAAGAGUAUAGUUUAACGCAGUGGUUCCCAACCUUGGUCCUUGAGGCACCCCAACACUGCACGUUUUCCAUGUUUCCUUAAUCUAACACACCUGAUUCAGGUCAUUAUCUCAUUAGCUCAUCACUUCAAGACCUGAAACUGGUGUGUCAGAGAAAAGAGACAUGCAAAAUGUGCAGUGAUGGGGUGCCUCAAGGACCAGGGUUGGGAACCACUGGUUUAACGGACAGCAUGUUAUACAGGAUUUAUAGUAUUUAAUAUAAUUGUAAAAUAUUUGCUCAACAUUCAUUUUGAUUGUAAUAUAUACGGUUUUUAAUUUCCAUAUAGUAUUUUUGUAUGUUGAACACCGACAUUGGUGAUGUACAUUUUUUUUUUUUUUAACUUUUAGUCUGUUUUCUGCCCACAAUUGUUUGACAAAGUAGUUUAAGCAGCUUCUUUUCAUUUAAUGUCAUCUCAUAAGUGUUUUUGUGUUUGCAAGUGUUUCUAUUUAUUUCAUUAAAGGUUUUUUGCCUAUUAAAAAGGCUGGUUUUACCC